AUGCUGGAAUCGUUGAGCUUGGGACAUUCAGCCACAAAUGCUGAAUGGGGACACAGCAUCAACAUGGCAGGGCUGCAGCGAACACUGAGCCAGAGGAUGUCGAAAGAAUUCCUCUUGAUUUCUCUUGGCAUUGACGGCAAUGUCAACAAGGCAAAGCUGCAGCAGAGCGUUCAAGAUUUCAACUCAACACUCUAUGCGCUAAUACGGGGCGAUCCCCAGCAAGGUAUCGUCGCAGCACCCAAUGCGCGUGUGGCAGAGAACCUGCAGAAGGUCCUACGUCUUUGGGUGCCGUUCGAGAUUCUCCUAACCAGCAGUAUGGAUUCUGUUCGUUCCUUGGACGGCUCGAUCAACGUUCCCGUCCUGGAGGCCGUGUCCUCGCAGAAUGGGCCCUUGCUGGACGCCUCAAACGUAGUGGUUGGCGGGCUGGUCGACGCAGCAAAGGUCUCUGGCGCGUCCACGAACGGGCUGGUCCAAGACAUUGCUGGGCGACAGCGGACCUACAUCCAGAGUUUGUGCCUGAAGGCACUUCUGGUGAGCCAGGGUGUGUCCUUGGUCGAGAACAAGGCUUCUCUCAAAGAGACGAAGCUUCUGUUCGAAGCAUCACAUGCGGGCAUCAUCGAAGGUGUGCCAUUCGCAGGAGUGCCAGUGCUAACCAAUGUGUGCACUCUGCAUCAGAUGUCGGAGGUAACCUUCUACUAUUCGAAAGUACGGCCGCUGGUAAGCGAGAUCCUCAACGCCCACACAGUGCAGUCCAGCCAGGAGACAGCUCAGAGGCUUGCGCAAGACAUCGCCAAUCUCACUGAAAUGCUGUUCAACUCCAUGGUGUUGGCAGUGGACCUGUUCAACAACGAAUCCACGGCCUGUGACCUUGUCUCGUCUAUGUCCGGGGCCGAAUGGCACGCCUUCAUCGACACUCUGGGUCAGCUCAGGCUUGAGACACAGCAGGUAACCCAGCAUUUUAUGCAAGUCGCUCUCGGGUCAAACGUGCACACCAGCAAGGUGGAGAUCACUGUUAUGAUGUCAUCGGCCUCGCAGAGGCUGCGUAGCCUCAUCGAGGGACGAAAAGAGCAAGGGAUACCAUCACCGCCAACACAAGGGGUGGUGGACCAGCUGCUUGUUGGCGUGGAGACGUGGAGCAUGCUGGAAACGGAGUUGACGCAGGCAGUUCGAAGUGAGGCUGUCUCGCCGAUCACGGUGGACCGGGUCGCACUGCUCAGCGGGGACUUGCUCGACCAGCUCUCUUCUGUCAUGGAUAUGACUCUCAAGGAAGCCUGGCGAGCCAGCCCAGACACAGCUUCCUACCUGCUGGACCUCACUAGCAAGCAGGCGAUGCGCUUGUCCAGACUGUCCAAGGAGGCAAGCCUGGCGCACUAUGGGAUAAAACCGGAGCAGAAUUGGUUGGCACUAAAUGCGUCCCGCGAUUCCUUCGUGGCCACGCAUCACAUGCUUUUGGUGGGUUCGCCUGCUCAGAAUGCCACUCCGUCUUUGCCGAAGCGCUCCCAGCUUUGCAUCAUCCGGCUCAUGCACCAGGUGGACGAGUUUUACCAACAGCUCCAGGAGGCGGCUUUAGCUGUGGCUCAUGGCAGCUUCGAGAAAGUCUCGGACCUUGGCCGGCUGAACCCACUUGCCCAAGAGGCCAUGGCAGCUGCUUCGAAGGCUUUGGUGGACGGAGUGUGCGACAACAACACCGGAGAGGUGGAACUGCAAGCUUGGCUCGAACUCCAUCAGGAGGCCGCUGAUUUGGCAAGGCUCAGCCAGGAUGCCACAGCCUCCUUCAUCCUCGCCCAGCAGGAAGGCGGCGGAAGGUUCAGCUCUCUGAAUGCGGCGGCGACCGACGUGGAAGCGUCGCUUCACAGGCUGAUGUUCGGAUCAUGGGUACCCCAUGUGGCCUCGCCACCGACGCAAGCCCUAUUGGACCACAUUCUCUCUACUUUAGGGCCUGUCGUGGAGAGGUUCGAGGCAGCUUUGGCUGGGACGGAUGUGUUGAGUGUGGAGGCUGCAGGUUUGAGCCUGCUCAAUGCAGCGGAGGCGCUCCAGGCCAAGUACCUUGCAGGGGCGAUGGAGGCCGAUCCCUCGUGGCCAGGAGCCAGAGUGGACAUACUGAUGUCCCAGGCCGCUUUGGCAAGCAAAGUGCUCAAAGAGACCCUGAUGCACCUCUAUGGCUUCAGGAAGACUGAGGUCGAGCUCACAUCCGCGAUCGACGAGUUUGAUAGGUCUCACGAGCAUCUGAAGGCUGGGGGUGGAGGUCUGGAGCCGGUGAUCCAAGAGCGUAAGGAUAUCCUCGACCAGUGGGAGCAGAUCGAUCAGGCGUGGCUGUCCCUGAAAAGCUAUGCCUUCGCGGUCACCAGCGAGGACACUUGGAGAGUCGAGAAUGCGAUGGCUGGAGUAAUCUCCGAGAUCCAGGUCGCAGUGCCGCUUUAUGGCAUGGAGGACGUGGAAGCACCCGAGAGUUUCCCAUGGACGACGGCUAUCUACACAAGUGUUGGGGGCGCCUUGGUCUGCUGCUGUUGUACCAUAGCAUACUGCCAGUGGGCCAAAGAUCGCGUCCACGGCCAAGCUGGCGACAAGGACAAGCAAGCAGCCAAGAGAGGGACACUGGCAGACGAAGUUUGA